AUGAGCUGCUCACAUAUCAGUCAGAUAGCAGAUAAGCUGAAAUCUCCUACAGUGGCUCAGCAGGUACACAGGGAGGAAUGUACGCUUUGUUUUGAUACACAAGACGACUCAGAAGGUGUUCUCGUCUGUUUACAAUGCUUCAACGGAGGAUGUUUUGGCGAAGGUAGAAGACACGCUUAUUUGCAUGCUGAGAAGACUGGACAUAACCUAGGAGUAGUAGUGAAGAGAACAAGAAAAGAAGGUAAAAAGCGAGAUUCUACCGAGCCGCCUAUGAAGAAACUCGCGAUUUCCGCUCCCAAAGACGAAGAAUUGUACAAUCACUCGACUUCCUUAAGAUGUUUUAGCUGUUCGCCUAUUGGAGAGGCUAUACAAUCCGAUGAUCCAAAGAUCACAUCAGUAGUCAACGGGAUAAUGAAUGCCCUCUCCUCAGCCCAGCAGUCCGAAGUCAAAGCUUGGGAGGAAGAAAUACUGCCUUGCGAGCAUACUUUAACAUUACAGCAAGAGCCUGCAAUCACCAUAGGUCAUGUACCAUCGCAAUGUUCAUCGUGUGAUCUCACCUCCAACCUAUGGUUGUGUCUCACUUGUGGUCUAGCAAAUUGUGGUAGACAGCAAUUCGGCGGCGUAGGCGGUAACGGUCAUGCUCUGGAUCAUUUCAAGGAUACUGGUCACAUGUUGGGUGUAAAGAUGGGUACAAUCACUCCUGAGGGUACUGCAGACAUAUACUGCUACAGUUGUGACGACGCCAAAGUAGAUCCAGAUCUGCCUAGACAUUUACAAGCUUUCGGUAUCGAAGUCUUGGGUCAGACAAAGACUGAAAAGUCCAUGACCGAAUUACAACUAGAACAUAAUCUGAAGUUUGACUUCUCUAUGACAGGAGACGACGGGAAGGAGCUUGAACCUGUUUUCGGACAAGGGCUGACUGGACUGAGAAAUCUUGGAAACAGUUGUUACAUGGCAUCAGUCCUUCAAACGCUGUUCUCACUUUCAUCAUUCAGAAGUCGAUAUACAUCUGAUGCCGCUGUCACCCAUUUCCAAACUUGUGAUAAACUUCCCGCAGAGUGUGUGGAAUGUCAAAUGCUGAAACUAGGGGACGGUCUAUUAUCUGGACGAUAUUCACAUCGAGCGAAAUUACCGCCACCAUCAACUACUGACUUCGACGCUUCCUCGGAACCACCUAAAUUUCAAGAAGGUAUAAAACCGAGUCAGUUUAAGGCUUUGAUAGGAAAGGGUCAUGAAGAAUUUGCAACUAUGCGACAACAAGAUUCAGAAGAGUUCCUUCAGCAUCUCCUUACUCGACUUCGAUCAGAAUCAAAAUUGCAAGGCAAGGAUGAAUCCAAUGAACCAACGAGAGUAACGAAAUUCGGAAUGGAACAACGUUUGAAAUGCACAGGAUGUAAUAAAGUUGGAUUGCAAGUAGAAUCUGUUGAUCUCGCUAGUUUACCUGUAGAUGCUGUGGAAAAUGGAGUCAAUGAAGAUGGGAAGAAGCUAUAUCAAGAAGUUGGUUUAGGAAAAUGUUUAGAAGCACUUUGUGGUGAGGAGAUCAUCGAGGAUUAUGACUGCCAGACCUGUGGCGGGAAGAGGACUGCGAUCAAGUCAGUCAAGUUCAGGACCUUCCCAGAACUAUUGGUACUGCAUAUGAAGAAGUUCCAGCUUAUCAAUUGGGUGCCUACCAAGCUUGAAAUACCCGUCAACGUACCUGAUGCCCUGUCUCUCGAUUCUCUGCUCUCUCAAGGCCUACAGCCUGGUGAAGAAGAGAUGAAAGUUGAAUCGUCGCCCAAUGCAUCAGAACCACAAUUCGACCCUAAUACUAUCGCCUCACUUGAAUCUAUGGGCUUCCCCGUCGUGCGAAUCAAGAAGGCAAUGUUCAACACUGGUAGUGCUGACGCUGAAACAAAUAUGAACUGGUUGUUUGAACAUAUGGAAGACCCAGAUAUCGAUGAUCCCAUUGAAAUAACACCUACGGCAACGGCCGCUAUAUCUGAACCUUCUGAUGAGCAAAUAGCGAUGAUUAGUGAUAUGGGCUUUACCAGUAACCAAGCGAGGAAAGCUCUGAGGGUGUCGGAUGGUAAUCCUGAACGGGCCAUAGAAUGGUUAUUUUCCAAUCCUAAUGAUCAAGGUGAAGAUGCUGCACCUGCUCCUGGUCCUACCGCUUCAACUCCUGCUUCUUCAGUGGUAGAAAUUGGAGGAUCAGAUUCUUUACCCGCGAAAUAUAGGUUGAAAGCUUUCAUAUCGCACAAAGGACCUUCAGUCCAUUCAGGUCAUUAUGUAGCUACCAUACGUCACCCUCAAGCUUCAUUAUCCGAUGAUAAAGAAUCAGAAGAUGAGUGGGUCCUGUUUAACGACGAGAAAGUAGUAAGAGCCCCCGAAGGCGGUGGGGACGAGAUGAGAAGUUUAGCUUAUUUGUAUGUUUACGAGAGAGUAUAA